GGGCUGCGCCGGAGCUCGGCAACUGGUGGCCUUCUGGCCAUCAUCCCUGGCCAGCAUGCCCAGGGUCGGGAGUGAUGGGAGCCACGAACGGGAGCGCUCUGCCGUUCGCAGGAGGCUCGGCCCGGGCGAGGCUUCCUGGACUGGUGAAGGACCAGCCCGCGGAAAGCGGCCUCACCCUUCAAGGCUGUUGAUCCAGAGGAAGCAGUUGCCGGGCACCCCUCCUCCAGCAACCUGAUUUAGCCCCCGGCCGAACCAUGCAGCAGUAGCGGGGAUGAUUGGCCACCCAGACUGGAAUGUCGUCCUGGACGACCAGCCUUAAGGGCGAUACCACCACUGCCAAGUUCUUUGUGGGUUCCCGAGAUGAAGAAGUGGACUUCCUGGAAUCAGACAUGAAGAUGGAUGAGAUUGACUUCUUUGAGGAUGAUGAGGAGGAGGAAGAGUCGCCUCCAGAGCGGCAGAUUGUGGUGGGCAUUUGUGCCAUGACCAAAAAAUCCAAAUCGAAGCCAAUGACCCAAAUCUUGGAGCGGCUGUGCAAGUUCGAGUACAUCACGGUGGUGAUCAUGGGCGAGGACGUCAUCCUGAACGAGCCCGUGGAGAACUGGCCGCCCUGCCACUGCCUCAUCUCCUUCCACUCCAAAGGGUUUCCGCUGGACAAGGCUGUUGCUUAUGCCAAGCUCCGCAGUCCGUUCCUGAUUAACGACCUCAACAUGCAGUAUUACAUUCAGGACAGGCGGGAGGUGUACCGGAUCCUGCAGGAGGAGGGAAUAGACCUGCCCCGCUACGCGGUGCUCAACCGAGACCCUGACAAGCCAGACGAAUGCAACCUUGUGGAGGGCGAGGAUCAUGUGGAGGUGAAUGGGGCCGUUUUCCCUAAGCCCUUUGUGGAGAAGCCCGUCAGCGCAGAGGAUCACAAUGUCUACAUCUACUAUCCCACCUCGGCAGGUGGGGGCAGCCAGCGGCUCUUCCGCAAGAUUGGCAGCCGCAGCAGCGUCUACUCCCCAGAGAGCAGUGUGCGGAAGACAGGCUCAUACAUCUACGAGGAGUUCAUGCCCACCGACGGCACAGACGUGAAGGUGUACACAGUGGGCCCCGACUAUGCACACGCUGAGGCUCGCAAGUCCCCCGCCCUGGAUGGGAAGGUUGAACGCGACAGCGAAGGGAAGGAGAUUCGCUACCCAGUCAUGCUCACGGCCAUAGAGAAGCUGGUGGCCAGGAAAGUCUGCGUGGCCUUCAAGCAGACGGUGUGUGGCUUCGACCUCCUGCGGGCCAACGGCCACUCCUUCGUCUGCGACGUGAAUGGCUUCAGCUUCGUUAAGAACUCCAUGAAGUACUACGACGACUGCGCCAAGAUCCUCGGGAACAUCAUCAUGCGGGAAAUGGCCCCCCAGUUCCAGAUCCCCUGGUCCAUCCCCACCGAAGCCGAGGACAUCCCCAUCGUGCCCACAACCUCGGGGACCAUGAUGGAGCUGCGGUGCGUGAUCGCGGUGAUUCGGCACGGGGACCGGACGCCCAAGCAGAAGAUGAAGAUGGAGGUGAAGCACGCCAGGUUCUUUGCACUGUUUGAGAAAUACGAGGGCUACAAGACGGGGAAGCUGAAGCUGAAGAAGCCGGAGCAGCUGCAGGAGGUGCUGGAUAUUGCCCGCCUGCUGGUGCUGGAGCAGAACGCUCAGGGCGAUUCGGAGGUGGAGGAGUGGAAGUCCAAGCUGGAGCAGCUGAAGACUGUUCUGGAGAUGUACGGACACUUCUCUGGCAUCAACCGCAAGGUGCAGCUGACCUACCUGCCCCAUGGGCAGCUGAAGGUGUCCUGUGAAGAGGAAGAUCCCUGCAGGGAGGUGUCCCCAUCUCUGCUGCUUGUGCUGAAGUGGGGGGGCGAGCUGACUCCGGCCGGAAGGGUGCAAGCCGAGGAGCUGGGGCGCGCCUUCCGCUGCAUGUACCCCGGCGGCCAAGGAGACUACGCGGGCUUCCCUGGCUGCGGCCUGCUCCGGCUGCACAGCACCUACCGCCACGAUCUCAAGAUCUACGCCUCCGACGAAGGCAGGGUCCAGAUGACAGCAGCUGCGUUUGCAAAGGGCCUCCUUGCUCUCGAGGGAGAGCUGACCCCCAUCCUGGUGCAGAUGGUGAAAAGCGCCAACAUGAACGGCCUCCUGGACAGCGAUGGCGAUUCCCUCAGCAGCUGCCAGCACCGGGUGAAGGCUCGCCUGCGGGAGAUCAUGCAGAAAGAUGCCACCUUCUGCGCGGAAGACUACGAGAAGCUGGCGCCUACCGGCAGCAUCUCGCUUACCAAGUCCAUGGGCAUCAUCCAGAAUCCCGUGGAAAUCUGUGACCGUGUCUUUGACCUGAUUGAGAGCCUCACCUCCCAGAUCCAGAAACGGCUGGAAGACCCCAAGUCCGCAGACCUGCAGCUUUACCACAGCGAGACGCUGGAGCUGAUGCUGCAGCGCUGGAGGAAGCUGGAGCGGGACUUCCGCCUCAAGAACCGGCGCUACGACAUCAGCAAGAUCCCGGACAUCUACGACUGCGUCAAGUACGACGCACAGCACAACGCCUCCCUCCCGCUGGAGGGCACCGCCGAGCUGCUGCGGCUCUCCAAGGCCCUGGCGGACGUCGUCAUCCCCCAGGAGUACGGGAUUGACAAGCAGGAGAAGCUGGACAUCGCGGUUGGGUUUUGCCUGCCGCUCGUCAGGAAGAUCCAGCUGGACCUGCAGAGGACCCACGAGGACGAGUCCGUCAACAAGCUGCACCCCCUGUAUUCCAGAGGCGUCCUCUCUCCGGGCCGCCAUGUCCGGACGCGCUUGUACUUCACCAGCGAGAGCCACGUCCAUUCCCUGCUCAACAUCUUCCGCUACGGGGGCCUCUUAGACGAGUCCAAGGACCCGCAGUGGAAGAGAGCCCUGGACUACCUGAGUGCCAUCUCGGAGCUGAACUACAUGACGCAGAUUGUCAUCAUGCUCUACGAGGACAACAACAAGGACCCGUCCUCGGAGGAGCGCUUCCACGUGGAGCUGCACUUCAGCCCGGGCGUGAAGGGCUGCGAGGAGGACAGCGGGGCUCCCGCUGGGUUUGGCUUCCGUCCCGCUGCGGCAGAGAAGGAGGCGAACGACAAGCCCGAGAGAGGCAGCCUGGAGGACAUUGCCAGGCCGAAGGCUGCGGACGAGACGGACCAGGCCCAGCAGCCCUUGGAGCCCAUCCCCAUCCAGCGGCGCUCCCCCCUGAUCCGGAACCGCAAGGCUGGCUCCAUGGAGGUGUUGUCUGAGUCGUCUUCCAAGGCCAGCGGGUACCGCCUCUUCUCCUACUCCCGGCACUCUUCGGAAGUCAAGCAGAGUGGCCUAGGCUCGCAGUGCAGUGGGCUCUUCAGCACCACCGUCCUUGGCGGCUCCUCCAGUGCCCCGAAUCUCCAGGACUACGCCCGCAGCCAUGGCAAGAAGUUUGUUUCCAGCUUCCUCUUCAAAGACGAACUCUUGUCUAUGCCAGCUGUGAAGCGAUUUUCUGUGUCGUUUGCAAAGCACCCCACAAAUGGGUUCGAAGGCUGCUCUCUGGUGCCCAGCAUCUACCCACUGGAGACGCUGCACAACUCGCUCUCCCUGCGCCAGGUCAGUGACUUCCUGACCACCAUCUCCAGGAGCUGCAGCAGCCCCCACUCUGGAGCCCCCACAGUGCUGAGGGACACCUUUGCCCCGCAGCAGCCGCUGGCAGCAUCCUCUCCGCCCCUGCAGUCCCGCUCCGACAAGCCCCCCUGGCACAGCAGCGGCCCCUCCAGCGCCGUCUCCAGCGCAGGACCCGCCUCCCCGGCCUCCGUGGAGAGCUGCCCCCGCUUCGCCUUCUCCGACAAGCCUCCUCCCAGCGCCCCAGCCGGCAAGGAGAGGCCACCCAGCGAAGGACCCCCCGGUGCCGGCGAGGCCCUGCAGGGCAGUGGUGGAGCCUGGGAGGGGGCGGGCGAGGAGGGGGCGAGACCACCUGCCCCAGGGCCCUGCGAGCAGCCCGCUCCCGGGCCAGCUGCUCCCUGUGGCCUUCCCCAGCCGCUGCCCGAGGGAGGCGAGAAGGCCAAGGGGGAGCCUUUGCCAGUGGCAUGUGAGCCACUGGAGGUGGACGGUGGAGAAGCGGGCAAGCCUCACUGCCAGGAAUGACUGGACAGGCAGGAUGCGGCCUGCAGAGAGGGGGCCUCUUGCCCUUUUCUGCCUGUCGAGGAACGCGUGGAGGCACAGCUGCUCUCCAAAGGCCGGCCAGCACCAGACUGAGAGCAAGCCAGAGCUCCCCAGCACGUGGAUGCCCCUGGCAUGGCCAAGCUCCACCCAGCAGCCAGGUCCCUGCUUGCAGGAGAGUGCCACGGACUCUGCCUUGUCCAGGCAGCCAGCUGGGACAGUCUGGCCUUCCCAAGCUGCGUUGCAGCUGUGCCCGGGGAGCGCCCCGGUGCCAGAAGGGACUAUCAGGAAGGCGGCACCACUGGAGGAGCCCGUAGGCCGGCCAGAGUGGCUGCCAGCCUGAGCCAUGUGUGCGUGCAGGCGGCGGGUAGCUCCGUCUCCAGCUCCAGCCCUGCUGGCGACUGCCAAGGGAAAAAGCUGCUUUGAGAAAUCAGGUCUUCUAAGUAUGUGGAAGGGAUGCCAAAUGGUGUACAGUGCAGAGCAAAUACUUAAUAUAUUCUUAGCUUUGGUGGAGCGGGGAGCCUUGGUGGGCUGCUUCCCUCCCCCCUCAUGCAUCAGAUCGGUCCGUCUCAUUCUCUCUCUGAACGGUGAAAUUGUCUUCAAGCGUCCUUCUUGUGCUGCCUAAUUUAAGUGUAGUAAAUGCCGACACCCUUGGCCUCAUG